AUGUAUUAAUAUUAAUUUGACACUCCUAAUUAGUAGACUGAAUAUUAAUUUUCAAUCACCAGCAUCACAAAUACGAGUAAGCUUCUAUUUUUACAAUUGUAGAUUUUUAAUUUUUUGUUACAUGCACCAAGGCUGCUCUAGUAUGGUCUCUCCGAUAUGAAUGGGUAGCGAUAGAUGAUAAAAGAGUUUAAGUGAUAAAUUCCUUUAAUAUGAACCCACCACAGGAUAAAGUAUUCAAUCAUUAAUUACUUAAUGUUGACACUGCAAUAAUAGGAGUCACAAGUAUGGGUUACAUUGGUUAAAUCGAUUUUUAGUUAUCGGUAAAAAUUUUUUCAAUAAUCUCAGAUUACUUAGAUAACAGUAAACAGUGUUUCGGUUUCAAUCACUAAAGUGAGUGGUAAGUUUCAAAAUUUGGUACAAAUAGGUUACUAAAUCCUAUUAGUCUCCUCUAGAGACAUCAUCAAUAAUGGACUGGUUACUCUCUAGCCUGAUUAUACUAGUGCUGCAAUGAAUUUAGAAUAAAAUAAGUGGUUAAUAUUGCCAACUCAAGGAAUACAAUAUAGCUAUGCAGGUCAAUUAACUAUAAGAAUGUAGAAAAACAUUGUAGCUUCAACAGUUACGUUUAGUUUUACAAAGUGUAAGAUUAUAUAUUGAUAUAGGGCAAACUUAUAGUACUCUUUUUAGAAUUUAAAGUGUCUGGUUGUCAUAAAUGUUUGCUGUAAAUUAAGCACUUUAAUGCAAAACAUUAAGAAUAAGUUAAAAGUUAGAUUAUUCAUAAUGUAACAGGUCAUUAUUUGAAAUCUAAAUACUUCAAUCAAAUUUAAUAUAUGAUACAAUUGGACAAUUUACAACUACCGUCUUUAAACCCAUAACGAAUGUUGAUUUCGUUCUGUUAGUAAAUUUUAUAACUGGAAAGCAUGUAGUAUCUUAAUUUAAUAAAUGCAAUGCUUGUCCCACAUAAAAAUAUUAUUAAUUUAACCACUAUUGUCACUCAUAAAUUAAUUUAAU